CAGCCUCGUGACCGGCCCUCCACCCCGUGUGGCGGAGUGCUGUGGCGGUGGGGUGCAGACCGACCCCCGCACCGACCGCGCCCGGUCAGGGAGCCCCGCGUCCCCGUGUCCGAGGAGGGCCGGCGCCGGCCGCCAGCGCGAUGGACAGGAGCCUGAGGAACGUGCUGGUGGUCUCCCUGGGGUUCCUGCUCCUCUUCACAGCCUACGGGGGGCUGCAGAGCCUGCAGAGCAGCCUGUACAGCGAGGAGGGCCUGGGCGUGGCGGUGCUCAGCACGCUCUACGGCGCCAUGCUGCUGUCCUCCAUGUUCCUGCCGCCCCUGCUCAUCCGGACGCUGGGCUGCAAGUGGACCAUCGUCGCCUCCAUGAGCUGCUACGUGACCUUCUCCCUGGGCAACUUCUACGCCAGCUGGUACACCCUGGUGCCCACCUCCGUCCUGCUGGGCCUCGGCGCAGCGCCGCUGUGGUCCGCGCAGGGCACCUACCUCACCACCGUGGGGAACGCCUACGCGGAGAAGGCGGGGCAGGCCGGCAGAGACGUGGUGAGCCGGUAUUUCGGCAUCUUCUUCCUCGUGUUCCAGUCGUCCGGCGUGUGGGGCAACCUCAUCUCCUCGCUGGUGUUCGGCCAGACGCCCACUCAAGGCCCCGUGUCUGAGGAGCAGCUCGAGUCCUGCGGGGCCCGGGACUGCCUGAUGGCCACGGCGCCCGGCAACAGCACGCAGCGUCCCACCCAGCAGCUCAUCUACACCCUGCUGGGCAUCUACACGGGGAGCGGAGUCCUGGCGGUCCUGCUGGUGGCGCUCCUGCUGGACCCGCUGGGAGAGCCUCAGCAGAGGAGCGAAGGCCGGACGCCCUCCGUCUGUUCCACCUUGCUGUCGACCUUCAGGCUCCUGAGAGACCGGCGCCUGCGCCUGCUGGUGCUGCUGCCCAUGUACAGCGGGUUCGAGCAGGCCUUCCUGGCGGGCGACUACACGCGGUCCUAUGUCACCUGCGCCCUGGGCAUCCACUUCGUGGGCUAUGUGAUGAUCUGCUUCUCGGCCACCAACGCGCUGUGCUCCGAGCUGUACGGGAAGGUGUCCCAGUACACGGGCAGGAUCCCUCUCUACGCGUUCGGCGCCGUCACCCAGCUGUCCUGCAGCGUUGCCCUCCUGCUGUGGAGACCCAGCCCCGACCAGCUGGCCGUGUUCUUCGUGUUCUCGGGCCUGUGGGGCAUGGCCGACGCCGUCUGGCAGACGCAGAACAACGCCCUGUACGGAGUCCUCUUCGACAAGAACAAGGAGGCCGCCUUCGCCAACUACCGCCUCUGGGAGGCGCUGGGCUUCGUCGUCGCCUUCGGGUACAGCACCUUCCUGUGCGUCAGCGUCAAGCUCUACGUCCUCCUGGGCGUCCUGGGCAUGGCCAUGCUGGCCUACGGGACCGUGGAGCUCAUGGAGGCCCGGCGGCUGGCCGGGCCCCUCGCGGCGGAAGCCUCGGGACCCGCGGAGGGCGGGGAGACGCAGACGAAGAUGUGAAGGCGGCCACGCCCCGCCGGGGCGGGGCGUUGGCGUUGGC